CAUCAGGUCGCCGAGGAGGGAAACAAAGCCCGGCUUCCCUUGCUCCCAGCACCUCUUGGAACACCACAACUCGUGCAGGGCGGAACGAUUCUCGGUUUUCCCUGGGGAAUUGCCAUAUUCCCGCAACCCUCCUCCCAGGUGCAUGACUUGGUUGGAGAUUCGCCAGACACUGCAAAACGCCGACCCCUCUUCUCCGUUUCGAUAUGAUGUGCAGAUGUUUUUUAUGCACCACAUCAUAAAACGAAUCGACGAAAGCACGGCCUCCCGACCUCGAAGCUGCCUGUUAUACCGUCCGUUUCUUUACCUGCGCCGCGGCUUGUCGCGCUGGCUAGAGAUACCCCCUCAGUUGGAACUGAAUGGAGUAAGAUCCUGCAAGCCGGCCACGAGUCCCAGGGUGCCGCGCAGGCUACACACUAUCUCUAAGAAGCCGAUCCUGUCUUCAAGUGGGGAAGGGAAGGCGCAAGCAGCAAGACGUGAGGAGAACGUGGUCAGUCGGCCAGGCUAUAGCUUAGCGCUGUUAUGCUACCUCUCCGGUCGCACCCUUGGGCGCCCGUCCAGGCGAGUCAGCUGCUGCCAUAGCCAACGGCCUGCCGCGGGGCUUGGAUAGUGCUUCCAACUCACCAUGGUGCCAUCAUCGACGGGGCUAAUCCUAUCGUUUGCCCCCCCCCCGGGGCCCUCGUCGGGAUGGAUCUGGUCGGCUGAGGGCGAGAAGCGAGAGUCCUUUCCACAAUUCCAUCCUCCUCCUGCAUCCGCUCGAGCCGCCUCCCCAGCGGCCGCCGCUGAGCCACGCCAACCGCAAGUCUGGUUACUCCCUCACGACUUGGCGAGUCCACCUGUGCCUUUUGUGGCACAGAUUACGCCAGUGAUUGCGCCGUCUCGGUGGUCUGUGACUGGCCUGACGUCCGAGCUGCUGACCACAUUA